CGAUCCACGCGCCAACUUUCGUAACUACAUAUUAAUUUAAAUUAUUUUUUAAUUAUUUUUGUAUUAUCACAGUUAAUUUCUAGAUAAGUUUAACAUAGUGUUUUGGAGUGUUUGGUGUAGGUCAGGUGGCUUUUGAUGAGCGUCAGCUGCAAGCGACAACAUAAUGCAUAGGCAGAUGUCUGCACCAGUGGCGAGUCCCCCGGGCGGCGCGGGCGCAACACGUGAGGAAUCCCCACGCCCGCAGCCGCCCCCAGCGCCACGCAACGGAACCGCUCCCAAACAAGGCGCGCUGACGAUAGUCCGUAGAUCGUCAAGCAAGUCCAAGCCAGAGUCCUCACCUCCCACCGACGAGCAGUUGGACCAACUUGACCUGGACACUGAACACUUGCCCGCCGUCGACACGCCCGAUGCGUGCGAUAAAGCCGCUCUUAGAUUACGUUAUCUCCUAAGACAAAUAAAUAGAGGUGAAAUACCGGUUGAAACUCUACAAAAAAACAUUCAGUAUGCCGCUAAAGUGUUAGAAGCUGUAUACAUAGAUGAAACUAAGGUGAAACAGCCACUGGACCAGCCUCGACAGCCGACAACCCUACAAAUGAGGAGGCUUCGCACACCGUGUUGGGCGAGCUCUGUAGAGAAACACGAAGCAAAGCGUCUGGCAGAUGAAGACGAUGAGUUGUCUGAGGUACAACCGGACGCGGUGCCACCGGAAGUGCGAGAGUGGCUCGCGUCUACAUUCACACGGCAGCUGGCAACGGCGAAGCGAAAGUCGGAUGAAAAACCUAAGUUCCGAUCUGUGGCGCACGCGAUCAGGGCGGGGAUUUUCGUGGAUAGAAUCUAUAGGCGUGUCACGAGUACUGCCUUGAUGCAAUUUCCUCAAGAUGUUGUUAGAGUAUUGAAGACAUUAGAUGAAUGGUCCUUUGAUGUUUUCGCAUUACACGAUGCGUCCGCCGGAUAUCCGGUCAAGUAUCUCGGAUACGAACUCCUCAACCGAUAUGGGAUGAUACAUAAAUUUAAAGUACAACCUCCUACGUUGGAAAACUUUCUUAGUAGGAUAGAGGAGGGAUAUUGCAAGUUUCAUAAUCCCUACCACAACAACCUUCAUGCUGCUGACGUAGCUCAAACUGUGCAUUAUAUGUUGUGUCAGACUGGCCUCAUGAAUUGGCUAUCAGACCUAGAGAUAUUCGCAACGUUGGUGGCAGCGAUCGUGCAUGACUUCGAACAUACAGGCACAACUAACAAUUUCCACGUAAUGUCGGGGUCUGAUACAGCACUACUAUACAACGACCGAGCAGUACUAGAAAACCAUCACAUAAGCGCAGCAUUCAGAUUGCUGAAAGAGGAAGAAAACAAUAUACUUCUCAACCUAUCGCGGGAUGAGUUCCGAGAGUUCCGAACAUUGGUGAUAGACAUGGUGCUGGCCACAGAUAUGUCAUUCCAUUUCCAGCAGCUAAAGAACAUGAGGUCUCUACUUACCCUGGCUGAACCCACCGUGGACAAAUCUAAGGCAGUUUCUCUUGUUCUACACUGCUGUGAUAUCUCACACCCAGCCAAGAGAUGGGACCUUCAUCAUAGAUGGACAAUGAGUCUUCUAGAUGAAUUCUUCCUCCAGGGAGAUAAAGAAAGAGAACUUGGCCUUCCAUUUAGUCCACUCUGUGAUAGGAACAACACACUAGUCGCUGAAUCUCAAAUCGGUUUUAUAGACUUUAUUGUGGAGCCAAGUUUGGGCGUAUGCGCAGAUAUGUUGGAAUGCAUCCUAGGCCCGUUGCAUUCGAAUACUAAGAACACAACAAGUACCAGCCAAGGUGCUCAUGGGCAGGAUAAUCCUAGCGCUGAACUCACAAAAUUAAAAAUAAAGAAACCAUGGGUCACCUGCCUGAUGGACAACAAAAAGAUUUGGAAAGAGCAAGCCGCGAAAGAUGCAGAAGAUCGGGCCAAACUAGAAGAGGAGCCGAACGGAGCACCGCCGCAACCAGCAGCUGAAUAAUAUUUGGCCAACCUUGUAAAUAGUGUCAGGCACAGCUGUUCCCAUAUGUUACAUUCGCUCUUUAACAAAGACACUGCAUAGAUCCAUAAAGAUCGUUAUGAAAGUGUUUCAUAUUUUCUUAAUACGUUCAACAUUGAAGCUAUGUUUUCAUAUUGUACGCAACUAAUAUAAUAUAAUGAAACUUGGCAACGUUGUGCUUUAAACGAAGCGAUUGUGGGUUUCAAUAAAAUUGCAAGGUUAUGAAACUGAGAGCUCAACGGCUCAUAUAUCCAAAACCUACGUAAAUAAAAGCGGAUCCACUAUAGAAAUUAGAUAAAGCUUGCUGCUGGAAACUGGAUUCAAUCUCGAGGCUUGAAUUAUAGUUUCGGUUUGGCGGACACAAAAACUCCUGUGGCGCCACCAACCUUGGCCUAUUUCUGGAUGUCAUCGUAAUUUUUGUCAUAAUAAUAAAAACAGACUCAGUUAAUGUACGCUGUUAAGUGGUUAAUAUGAUAUGUAUUUUAUAAACUUUAAUAACGUUAUGUGAUUCAUAAACGCACUUACAAAAGCUUUUUAACUAAAGCUGUAUGUUUGUGAAGCCGUGACAUUAUAACUUACUUGUCAAAUAGAAACAAAAUAAAAUGAUGUGAAAUGUCAAAGUAACGUUAUUAGAGCUAUCUUAUUGGACGCAACUUUAAGGGUAAGAAAGUUGAAUGAAAAACACCUAUACGUCAAAAAUAUAUUAGAUUUUGACAUAUGACAAAUGGGUCAUAAUGGGGUCGCGCUAAGUUUUUUUCUGAAUCUCACCCUAGAUGAUUGAGUAAGAGAGAAUGAUGAUGUACACGUAGUCUUAUACUAUUUAGAUAAUUUGUGUAUCUCUUUCUGUCUAGGUUUAAACUGUGUAGUAGAAACAGAUAAUUAAAGCAUUUGAUCCAUUGAAUAAUACGCACCUUCAAUAUUUUAGCUUGACAGUGACAAUAGUAAUUUAAUUUUCAUUUUUACUGUAACAGUUAUAAUUUUGUAACAAUGACUUAAAUCUAUUUUAAUAUAACUUAGAUUUUCUGUUACCAAAUUAGAUAUUAGGCAGGCAAAAAUAUAGUAAAUAAAACUUCGAUUUGUAAAUUUUUGGAAGACAGCGUAGUGAGUUACAUUCGAAUAGGCGAUAUCCCGCUGAGCGGGAUAUCUAGAAAUAGCAUUUGUAUAUACAUUUCUUUAUUUUACAUGUUAAUGAUAAAAAAAAAAAUAUUUUAUCCUCAAAAGCUGUCUAAAGUAAAGAGGUUCAAAUAACCUUUGACGGAUCUGUUUUUGCGUCAUCCUUUUCAAAUAUUUACACUUCUUUAUCUGCGACGUUACAAGAGUUACGAAUCGUUUACCUAUUUCGCGGCUCGUCAAUCUCAGGUCAUUUUAUAUUGCUAACGCGGAAAUGUCACCGAUACGUCAACGGAAACAAAACUAUUAAAAAAAAGAAUUUAUAAUCUGUUGCAAUUACAUACCUCCAUAAAAAUUACAAUUCUUUGGCGCUGCGUUAUAUAAAAUAAAUACAAUGUUCUAACCACCUGUAAGGUUUCGUUAAUUAACAAUUUGUAAUUUUGUUUUGGAAUAUCAAUCAAUAUUUGACACCCUCUUUAUCUAGGAAUUAACUUUGUUAACCUUAAAUGUAUCUAUUCACCGUACUUAAAUUGUACCUAUACAUAACAGACCUAUAAGUGUGCGUAAAUAUUAUUUUAUUACGAUUUUAAUUUAUAUUAAUAACAAUUAUUAUAAUAUAAACACUAUAAACUUAACAACUACCCUUAUAAUAGUUAAAAGAUAAUUGUAGAUACACAGUUAUUUAUGAUUUGUAUAGAGUUUUUAUUCGAGCAGGCCUCGUAUAUUGUAGAAAACUUGUUUUUCGUGUAAAUAAUACCAUAUGUAAUUUGUAUAUAACAAUUUAUAAAUAUUUUUUUUGUUUAUUAUAUGUUACCAUAGGCUAUAUAAUUCCAAAUAUGCAUUCUUCAUGCAUUUUUUUGCUAUUAAAUAUAAAUUAUACCACGGUACUUAUCUCAAAAUAUACAAAUGUACAUUGAAUUCUAUUUCUGACAAUUGACAGUCGGCUAUAGCAGUUACUUAAAAUUUAAAUAUGUUAUAGAUAUUUGGAUGUAAGUGGCUUAGAUUUACAAAAUGUAAGUAAUAACUAAUUGACAGUCCAACUAUUUUAGACGUUUAUUUCAUCAAGAUCAUCCUUUAGAUCGUAAAUCCUCUAUAGUUAUAUUAAAUGUAGCCUUCAAAAUUUAAUUCGUUCAGUAGCCAUCAUGUUUAUGACACCAACGCACACAAUAAAAAAAAUCUAUUUUUUGCGCUAAAAUUACUAUAGAAACGUUUCGCGAUGGCAGCACCGAUUCCUAUCUAAAUAUUCAUGGAAUUCCGAAAAUGUUAACUAUCUGUUAUCGUUAUUACUAAAUAUAUUCCACAAAUAAUAUAAAUUACGAAUAACCUUUAAUGUAAAUGUUUAAUGUAAGAGCUAUUGUAUUAUAGAAUCGCUGGUUUCGGAGCAACUUUACGUAUAGUGUGUAUAAGAAUAUCUUAUUCGUUAAGUAGAUAUUAAUUCAUAUAAUACGCUUAUUAAUUUUAAUAUUUCUGAUUGAAAUGGCUAAAACUCGACCAAAACCAUAGUUUCUAAAAUAUACCUGUUUCUUGCCAGAUAACAAGAUAUUAUUAGAAGUGAAAAUAUAUCAUUGCCGUUUUUUCUUUAUUUAUAAUUAAAGAGCCAAAAUUUUCAUGUGUUUAAACCAAUAUUUAUAAAAUAUAAUGCAUAUUAUGAGGUUUGGUAAAGAAAGAAUUUUAUAGCCAAUUUCUAAAAUGCCAACAUGUUUUACGUCAACUAAUAAUGUCAAUGUCAUGUGUUUCGUGCAUUUAAUUAAAUCUAAUAAGGGCCUUGAUAAAAAAGAGACACCCAAGUUCAAUUUCAAAAUAUAAGUCGUAUUUACUAUGAACCGUUGAUUAUAUGUAACGGAAUGGAAACGACUCUACAGAAAAAUGUUUCUACAACUAAAACUAACUCCUAUACUUAAUCAUGAGGAAAGUAGUCUAAAACCUCGAAUGAAUAAAGAACUAAUAAAGGCUUACAGUACAUUUAUGAAUAAUCCUUUAGUUUAUUGAUAACGGAAAAAGUAUUUAUAUAAAGAUCUUUCUCACGGACCCACCCUUUUCGUAUUUUCAUAGCAUUCAGUAUUAUUUUACAAGUAUUUAAAAUGUGGGACCAUGCCUUUUAAAUAUCAGAAAACAACCAUAAUCACAUUAGGUCCCAAAAGUCGGGGAAUGUAAGGGUAGUAUUAAUCCAACUGGUGACGCUUAUCGUAGAUGAAAUAUACAAUAGAUCUUUUUAAUAUAUAUUUACUAUAUUAGACACAUAGAGUAAGUAUUAGGUAGUGGACAGUAUGUGUACAUGAGCGCCAUUUUAUUCGGGAUAUAGCUUUAUAAAGUAGAUUUAGAUUCAUACUCUUAAAAAGAAAUUAAUUUGAAAUUCCUAAGAGUUGUACUCAGUGGUUAUUUUAAAUAGAUGUAGCACAGAAAUAGUUUAGUGUCUUAAUGUAAGUCAUAUGUUAUAUACCUAAUAAUAAUCACCUGUAUUUAUUUUUAAAAACUUAAACACUAACGCCUGCAUAAAAAACACGCGCAAUUGUUCCCUUAUUCGCUUACUUCUUAGGUCUUUAAAUUUUCAAAUGUAUUAUCCAGCAAUAGGUAGAGUAAUUUUUUUUACAUGUUAUUGAUUAUUUCCGUUGUUCAAUGAAUAUAUACUUUAUAGAUACCCUUUUCUAUGUAAAAAGCCUGAAUAUUUAAUGUAAUUUUUUAUUCCUUUUCUAUUAUGUAUAUAAGUAGAACACUGAAAAUUAAAUAAAGAAUUUCGU